AAAAAUACCGAGAGUUUUUAUUUGCUGAAAAAGGAGACACCAGACACAUCACGCUCAUAGACUAAAUCCGGCUAUAGAGACAUAGUGAAAAUGAAGCAGAGGAAAACACAAGUUACCGGCCUAUAUUUCACCUUCCAAUCGGCUGAGUUGCCAUACCUAAACGUGUUCGCCUCAACAGUCAACCCUAAAUGCUCGUCCUGUGCCAACGUGGCAUCGCGUCAUUUUAACAUGUUGAUGUUCUUCCAUCCUCGGUCCUCACAGUUGAGCCAUAGGCCGCAACCACGAGUUUCCGAUCUUUCAAUGACGACAGACGACAUCAUCCGACGCCGGCUCUUCCCACCUUCCCCGAUCGCCCAUUCCUCGCGCCAACGAGUUCCAACUGAAUAUUAAUGAGAUGUAUAGUCUUUGGGGGCUAAAUACCAUGACAUGUAGUGAGGUAGUGUGACAAAACGCCCGUGACACCUUACUAUGCUGUCCCUAAACGCCGCAAAUGGUAAAUGUGAAGAAAUACAUGGUUGGGCUUUUAAAACCCAUAGUAGCAGAGGGGAAAAAAUAUCAGCUGACAAGAUUUUCGUCCAUCGGAUAAUAUCAUCAGAAGAAAUGCGUAUAAAUCUUGGAAUUUUCAUGGACUUCCAUUUCCAUUUUGAAGCUGUUCAGCUCUUCUUUGAUUUGCUGAGCCAGCAUCGGUGUGAGACGGUUGC